CACACAUCAGGGAUUUGGUUCCUCUCCAGUGAAAGCCUGGCGCUGACAAUGUGGACACCGGGCAGGAAUAUCGCACACAAUUCCGGCUUUGUUUGAUCCGCGCGUGCGACUCUGAAAAGGAAGUGCGAAGUAUUCUGUCAGAGAUGGAUGCAAGUGCAGAAGAUGUGUUUAUUAAUACAACUGAAGACGGUAAACAAUCCAGAACGGCAGGCAAAAUCAUAAAACGGUGAAACAGGCAAUAGGUCGAGCGAGGCACAAACAGGCUAUCGGAGACUCGGCAGAAUCAAAGACGAGAAACAGGAAAUCAGGGAUCAGGAAACCAAACAAGGAAAUAAGGCUCAGUAAUGUGUCAGAAACACAACUCAAUACAUCACGAAAAUUGUAAAAGAACAGAAAGGAAAAACAGGCAGAGUUCAUCGCUUUGAACAGCUUCAUUAUCUCUAGAGCUUCUUUCAUGCGACUCCCUGCGCCGGACUCCGCCGCCAGAAUGAACUGUGAGCAGGAUUUCGGAGACGGGGGCAUGAACGUCACCCUCACCCUCAGGUUGCUCAUGCACGGCAAGGAGGUCGGGAGCAUCAUCGGCAAGAAAGGAGAAACGGUGAAGAGGAUACGAGAGGAGAGCAGCGCACGCAUUAACAUCUCCGAGGGUUCUUGUCCCGAGCGGAUCAUCACCAUCACCGGCCCCACAGAGUGUGUGUUCCGAGCCUUCACCAUGAUCACGAUAAAGCUGGAGGAGGACCUGGCUGCUCUCGUGGCUAAUGGCACAGUCACCAGCAAGCCUCCAGUCACGUUGCGUCUGGUUAUCCCUGCCAGCCAGUGCGGCUCUCUAAUUGGAAAAGGCGGCUCAAAAAUCAAAGAGAUCAGAGAGAGCACAGGGGCACAAGUGCAAGUCGCAGGUGAUCUGCUUCCCAACUCCACAGAACGAGGCGUGACGAUAUCCGGGAGCCAAGAAGCCAUCAUCCAGUGUGUCAAGCUCAUCUGCACGGUCAUACUCGAGUCACCUCCGAAAGGUGCAACAAUUCCAUACCGCCCAAGCCCCUUACCCGGGGCGGUACUGCUCUCUGGAAAUCAGGUUUUCGAAGCUUCUGAGUUUGGGUCUCACCCUCUUUUCUCAGUGGCUCAGGGAGCUCUGGAUCUGCAACAAGCAUACACUGUACAGAACCAAUACGGCAUUCCACAUUCAGAGCUGGCCAAGCUGCACCAGUUGUCCAUGCAACAGGGUCUGACACCAAUCGCUCAGCCAGCAGCUACAGCCGUCCUGCCUGCAGGCAUGGAGUCCAGCACCCAGACGGCAUCACAGGAGCUGCUCAUUCCAAAUGACCUGAUUGGUUCCAUCAUUGGCAGACAAGGUACGAAAAUCAACGAGAUCCGCCAGGUGUCCGGGGCUCAAAUCAAGAUUGGCAGUCAGCUGGACAGCACCAGUGACAGACACGUCACCAUCACAGGCUCUCCAAUCAGCAUCAACCUAGCUCAGUACCUCAUCACAUCCUGUUUAGAGACCGCCAAAUCCACCGCCCAGUCCUCCUCCAUGUCGAGCCCCGUAGAGCUGAACAUGAGCUUCACCCAGCCCGCCUCCCCUGCCUCGUCCUCCGCUGCAGCCCUGGCAGCGAUGGGCGCUCUGCCCCACGCUCCAAUCCUGGGCGCCCCCUAUGCCCUCCCCCUCUCCAGCCUCCUGGGAAUGAAAUCCGUCCCUUUCCUGGCACUCUCAGCUCCUGCCGGCACAGCUGCAGCCGCCGCAGCCGCCGCCGCUGCUCCGGCCCACGCUACCCUGGCAUCCUACACAGCCAAGAUCUCUUCAGCCAACGGCAUCAAGAAACCCGAGCGCCAGAAGUUUGCGCCAUACUGACCCUCAUCGUGAAGAGACAAAAAAAAUAAAUUAAAAAACGAGGAAUUCCUCUACUUUUACCUGUUGUAGCUGUGUAGUCAAAAGAGACUUUACCUUUCUCUUUUUUUUUUUUCCAUUUCGUUUUGUUUUGAUAUAGCUUGUUAUAUAGCUUGUCCUGAACUUGACUCUACUAAGACAUUAGGACAAUUGCGUAUUUAAAUAGUUCUAUUUAUUUUUCAAUUUUUGGGGGGUUUUGUUUUUCUGGCUAAUGUAGCCUCGAAAGCCAUAGCUUAUUCCUAACCUGAAAAAUUUUCCCCCAAUCCUAAUACUCAUAUAUUGUCUGCUCUUAUUUAUUAAUGAUUACAACAUAUUCCUGCAAAAGACUUUCUACAACGAGACACUGGUGACUGAUGCUAAACACUUCUGUAUCAGCUUUUAUACAACGAUAUCUGUGUAUGCCUCUGUAUACAAACUUUCUCAUUUUUUUAA